AAUUGAUUUGAAGGAGUUACAAGGUCCUGAAGUGUUAAAACUUUUGAUUGUGGUAGAUGAGUUUAAUAUUCAAUCUUUAAUCUCUUAUAUUCAAAACUAUUUGAUCAAAAAUCAAGAUGAAUUUUUACAGCAGGAUCCUAAAGGAAUUCUUGAAGCAGUUUAUCAACAUGAAUCAUUUACAGAUUUAUUGAAUUAUUGUCUUGAAAAAAUUUGUCAAGAACCCAAAAUAUUGUUUGAAUCUGAUAAAUUUACUAGUUUAAAAGCACCCUUAUUAAAAUUACUUUUAGAGAAGGAUUAUUUAGAUUUGGAUGAAAUUUUCAUUUGGUAAAGUUUAUUAAAAUGGGGUCUUGCCCAAAAUCCUUCUAUUUCAAAAGAUAUCACAAAAUGGAACAAGGAGGAUAUUACAAUUAUAGAGAUAACUCUUCAUGGAUUAAUUCCAUUAGUAAGAUUUUAUCAUAUCUCUUCAGAUGAUUUUCUUGAUAAAAUAUAUCCUUUAAAAAAAUUAUUACCAAAAGAUUUAACUAAAGAUCUGGUGGAAUUUUAUAUUGCACCGAAUAGGAAACCAAAUAUUGUCGAAAUUCAGUCUUCUAGAAUACCAAAACAUAUUUGUGAUUAUGAUUCAAUUUUAAUUAAUAAUCAUCAUUUUGCUGUUUUUGCUAGUUGGAUUGAUAAGAAAAAUAAUUUUCAUUAUUAUGUGAAUAUUCCUUAUAAUUUUAAUUUACUUUAUCGUGCUAGUAGAGAUGGUAAUACACCCGCAGCAUUUCAUGCUAAAUGUGAUAACAAGGGGCCCACCAUAGUCAUAGUAAAAAUCUCAAAUUCAAAAAAAAUAGUUGGAGGGUAUAAUCCACUUAAAUGGAAUUCAAGUAAUAAAGUUGAAUCUACAAAAGAUAGUUAUAUAUACUUAUUUACUGAUGGGACAGAUACAAAAAGUGCAAAAGUAAGUUACAGUAAUGGGGAUCAAAAUUCUAUAAGAAAUUUAGCUGCAUAUGGACCGGGAUUUGGUGGAGGUACAGACUUAUUAUGUUGGUCAAACGGAAGCUGGUUACGUAAUUCAGCGUUGUCUUAUCCUAAAAUUGAUUGUAUUCCAGAAAAAUUCUUCAAUGUAGAUGAUUACGAAGUUUAUCAAGUUAUUAAGAAAUAAUGAAUUCAUAUUUACGUAAUGUAGGUUAAUAGAAUUCUUUUAAAUAUAUUGAUUCAUUUGGAUAUUAAAUAACUCAUUAUACUUCA